AUGGAGGUUCGCAUGAGUGACGAAGAGGGUGUCCGUCGCAGCAUCGUAGAGGCGACGGUGGAGCAUUACUCCCUACUUGCAGAGACUCAAGAAGUUAACGCCAAGGUGGCAUCCGCGUCGGGGAAUGCGUUGUCGUGCGUGAGGCGGCUCAAUGACUCCCUCGGCAGACUGCAGACCCUCAGCCAGGAGAUGAUCCGGGUGGGCAAACAGUGGCGCAGGGAAAAGCAGAUUGCACUGGGAACGGUUUCGCAGCACCAGAAGUUGCUUGCUUUUUUGGAAGCCCCCGCCGUGCUUGACGAUUGCAUCCGAAACGAGAUGUACCACGAGGCCCUCAUGGUGCUGGAGCACAUAAAUCGGUCCGCCCAGACAAUGGCGACGGUGGCGUUGUUUCGUCGCGUUGAAAUGGAGGCGCGCUGCAAUUUGGAGAGGGCGCUGUCCGAAAUUGUGCUCCCACGUUUGGCGGAGCAAUUAACGGUCGCCUCCGCCGUGAAGGUGACGACAUUCUUCCGCAGACUCGGGGUCGGGGAGGGUCAGGUACGGCAGCUUUUCCUUUGGAAGCGUGCGGAGUACGUGGAUGGACUGCUGCGUGAGGCGGAGGAAAGCGGGGUGCCGUACUCACGCAUUUUUAGGUACGUAACAGCCUUCAAGGUUCACGUGACGGAGACGAUCCUGCAGUACGCCGCCUGUUUUUCCCCCACGAUUGAGAAUGGGUCGUGCAGCGAACUUGCUGCCUGGUGCCAUGAAAGAGCGUACGUCUUUCUUGAGGGCUUCCGUGCAUCGUUGGAGAAGAUUACAAACGGCUCCGAAUUGGCUUCUGUCAUUGAGGAAUGCAAAAGCUGCUGCGCCACCACGACGCUGCUGCAAAUGGAUGUGUCAGGGCUCAUUAACGAAUCUCUCAUCUCCCGUGCUAGGGCGUUGUUUGCCGAACAGAUCGCCUUGGCCAUGCAAUCUUACUCCGCCUCCAUGCUGGCAUUUUCGUGGCGACCUUCGAAUGGGCUGCAGUUUGCUUCCUUACAAAAACGAGUUGAGACAGCACCAUCAUCUUCAAAUGGGAUCAUUUCACCCCCAUUGAGUCUUGUGCAGUGGUUGCCGCUUGCGUAUGCUCUGAACGGAGUGCUCACUGCCUUCAAUACAAUCCGCAAAUGUGUUGUCCCGGGUGUGGAGUUGUUUUGUGCUGCCAAGUUGGAAGGACUACUGCAGACCAUAGCGAAGGACCUUUCACGCGACAAGGAUCUUCUAAUGGCCAUGGAAGGGGGCGAGAAACAGUUCUAUCUGCUCUUUGUGGAGGCCUUUGUUAAUGAUUUUUAUCCUCAUGUAUUGGCGUGCAUGCGAGAGCUUCUGGGUGAAGAUGCACAACGUCUUUUAAUAAAUGGCGUGCGGGAAAGCAUUGAGAGUCUCCGGAGUCUUCUUUUUAUGGAGAGCAGCACGACGCAAAGUGGAGUCCCGCAGCAACAAAUGACGGAUGCCGCCGGGACUCCCGCCGACAUUCAAGGCGACAGAAUCACCCCAAACGUUGUUGGCGCAUGA